AUGUCAGACUCUCAUGACAAAUAUGGCUGGACCGCAGUACCUCGCUCUCAGGGCGUCCUGCUGGAAAAGGCCAAGCCCAAAGAGGCCGAGCCCAUCAAGGUGUCCGACAUUGAUCUGCCAUCCUCGCCUGUAGUUGACCAAGUCCACGAGUAUGCGAAGGAAAACCUACCAGAAGAGACCUACAACCACUCCAUGCGCGUCUUCUACUAUGGCCAAGCCCUAGUAAAGCAGCACUUCAAGCACUUCGCACCCUCAACAGAAACGUACUUCCUGACCUGCCUCCUCCACGACAUCGGCACAACCCCCACCAACCUCAAAGCCACCGACAUGUCCUUCGAGUUCUACGGCGGCUUCCUCUCCCUGAACCUGCUUAACGAGUGCGGGGCCCCGAAGCCGCAAGCCGAGAGCGUCUGCGAGGCCAUCAUCCGGCAUCAGGACCUCGGCGACACGGGCAUGAUCUCGACGGUCGGCCAGCUCAUACAGCUGGCGACGGUGUUCGACAAUAUGGGACAGAACCCGCAGCUGGUGCACAAGGAGACGAUCGAGGAUGUUGUCAAGGCAUACCCGAGGAAGGGCUGGAGUGGCUGCUUUGCGAAGACUAUUAGGGAGGAGGUGAAAAUUAAGCCGUGGUGUCAUACUACGGUUAUUGAGGGCUUUGCGGAGGGGGUGGAGACGAAUAAGUUGAUGGAGCCGUAUGAUUAG